AUGCAAACGACGACUAACCCAUCGACGACUACAGCAUCUCCCUCGGAACCUCUUCCUCGCCCGCGAUCGCGCUUCCGUCGCUUCGCCGGCUUCACCUCUAUCGCUGUCCUCGCCUUCACCGCCGGCCUCCUAUUCCAAACCCAACGCACCCUCUCCCGCCUCAUGGCCGUGCCACUAGCCUCGGAUGCUGAGUCGUUGACCUUGUUCGUCGCGCCAGACGACGCGACACAAGAGAUUGACGACUACAUCCGCACACAUCCCGUGGCGGAGGCCCUGCGCGCCAAUCCGGACUUUACCGAGUCGCGCCCGCACCUCAAGUUCCCGGAGGCACUACGAGAACGCAGCCUGACGGCCGGGACACUGGCCGGACCCAACAAGAUCGUCGUGCCACCAUAUGUCUUCAACGAGCGCGGUGGCAAGAGCAUGGUCUCGCUCAUGUACCUCGGCUCCGACAUCUGCGGCCACCCAGGCAUCGUGCACGGCGGUUUGCUAGCGACCUUGCUGGACGAGGGUCUGGCACGAUGCUGCUUCCCAGCCCUGCCGAAUAAGAUUGGCGUCACGGCGAACCUGAAUAUCGACUACCGCGCCCCGGCCAUGGCGAACCAAUAUACCGUGCUGCGCGCCGAGACCGUUAAGGUCGAGGGCCGCAAGGCGUGGGUCGAGGGCCGAAUUGAGACCCUCCCGACUGAUGGCACGGAGCCCGUGGUGCUGGUUGAGGCUAAGGCCUUGUUUAUCGAGCCCAAGCAGGCGCGGGCCCUGUCGAAUCUAUAUAAAGCGGAGUGA